UGAACAGGAUGCUAAUAAAAAAAUGAAGUGACAUCACAGAACCUUUAAAAGCAGAUCCAGCACUUGGCCUGUCCCUCUCCUCCGUCCUCCGUUCUGAAAUCAUGUGGUUCAUGCUCCUGUAUUUGCAAAUAUCAGCUAUUCAAGGGCUCAAUGUGGCUUUACGUGGAUCGACCAGCCCGUGUAAAGGCCGGCUGGAGGUGCGUGCCGGUGACGGCCGGUGGGGCUUGGCGUGUCAUCACGGCUGGAAGGAAGAAAAUGGACAGGUUGUGUGUAAAUCAUUAAAGUGUGGGCACGUGAAGGAUUCCGGUUAUCAAAUUACCAUGUACAAAGAUCCACCUCCACCCAAACUAUUUUUGAUGGAUCAAGUGACCUGCAUAUCGAAUGAAACGAGCCUUUGGGAAUGUCCAUUUUAUGGUGGAGAUAACCUUCAGUGCAAAAACGAUGUUCCUUCUUUCGUUGCUGUUGAAUGCACUGGAAAUGUUAAACUGAGUUUGAAUGGGCAGAGGGAUAAAUGUGCAGGAACGGUGGAGUACACAACGCAGAACGGCAACUUUGGUGUCUGUAAAGAUUCUGCCUGGGGUAAAACACAAGCAGACAAGAUAUGCCAGGAGCUUAAAUGUGGAGAUUGUUAUCGGGGAUGUGAUGAAAAGGAUGGACUGUUUAAAGGACAAACGAGCGAAGAAAGUGUAUCGCUUAAAUGUGAUGGCAAAGAACAGUUCUCUUGGCAAUGUAUGUAUGAGUUGUCAAACUGCAUGGAACAAGUCGGUGUGAUCUGCAAAAAACACAAGAGGUUCCGUCUGCGAGAUGGCGACGAUCUUUGCUCUGGGCUUGUGGAAGAGCGCUAUGUCUCAGAUCAAUCGUGGGUUCCUGCUAAGGAUAAAGAUGUCAACCCUGAAGACAUCUGUACGCAAUUAAAUUGUGGAACCUCUGUAAAUUUCACUAACGAUAAUGGAAAUAACGGUCUCCGACUGACAUGCUCAGGCAAGGUCAACCUUCGCAACUUCACAUCAAAGUGUUUUGGAGAUGUUAUGGUUAGUGUGAACGGCUCUGACUAUGGAGUGUGCUACAGUAAAUCGAAUAAAAGACUGGGGGAGCAAGUGUGUAAAGAGCUUGGCUGUGGAGAGUUGCUGGAUGAGAAAGAGGGCCGCGGCAUUUCUAACGGUUUGCUGAGUAACGUUGAGUGCCUGGGCGACGAGGCUUCACUGUGGCAUUGCCUGGCCAAACAUGAGAUAAAACAAUGCAAGUCAACCACUGUUAUAUGUGAAGACAGCUUGGAUAUGCGUUUGAGUGAUGGUCUGGGUCGUUGUUCUGGACGUGUAGAGCUGCAAUGGGAGGGCAAAUGGAAGUCCAUAAACUCCUACGGGUGGACCAAUGAGGAAUCAAACAUUGUGUGUGAACAUCUCAAAUGUGGUCAAUCAACUUCAAUAAAUAAACUCCUCAUUGAAGAGAAACAGAAUCAACUGGAAUCAUGGCAUUUCAAGUGUGUAAACUCUAAAGCAAAAAUCUAUGAGUGCUUAAAAGAAGCGAGAACUUCCAAGAGUCAAAGAGCACUAAAUGUAAAAGUCAUAUGCCAAAAGGAAGAACUGAUGUUCUUUGAAGGUGAUUCACCCUGCAGGGGAAGAGUACUCGUCAAGUCAUUUGGUGAGACCGAGGCCCGUCCGCUGCCUGCAAAUUCAGUGGCAGACAAGACAAAAGCCAACGACACAUGCCGUGCAAUGCAGUGUGGUGACGUAGUCCCCUUUAUAGAGCAAAACGGCACUUAUGGCACUUAUGACAAUAUCACAUGUUCAGGCUCGGUGAACGUGACACUUCGAAACAAGCUUGAAAAGGAUGAAAGGUGCUGGGGAACGGUAGAGGUCUGCACAAAUGACGGAUGUGGAGGAGUUUGCAUGGACACCUGGACAAAUGAAGAGUCCACAAAGAUCUGUGAUGGCUUGGGCUGUGGUAAACCAAUUCAGAUCACGAUUCCGACACAAUACAGUGGAUCCGGAAACUACUAUAGUGUAUACUGCUUAAAUGAGGGGAAAAAUCUUAGCAUGUGCAGGUUUAUUCCCAUUAGCAACUCCAUCUGCAGUAAUCCAGCCCAAGUGAUAUGCACAGACAGCGUCAAAGCUAAACUGGAGGAUCCAAGAGACAAAUGUGCUGGAACUGUGUCACUGUAUUACAAUGGGAAAUGGACACCCGUCUGCCAAGACAGUCUUGAUGCAGAUCUUGGUAAUACAAUCUGCAGGGAAUUGAAUUGUGGGCAGUAUAAUCCUACUACUUUGACUUUCAAAGACAAGUUUCAAAAUGAACUACCGAGUAUUGAAUGUAAGAGUGAUGCCAGCUCUGUUUCCAAAUGUAAAUUCAGAGACAUUUCAGGCAAAACAUGCUCUGUCGGCUAUCUACAAUGCACAGAAAAGAAACGAUUGCUCCUGUAUGAAAAGAGACGCGCCUGCAGUGGUCCUGUAUAUGCUCAUAGCGGAGAGAAAACACUGUUAGUAAGCGGACAGGGAUGGGGCAAAGAGGAAGGGCAGAAGAUGUGCCAGUAUCUACAGUGUGGAGAUUACAUAUCACACUCCACUACAACCAAAGACACGCAAGAGUGGUGGAGUAGGAGCUAUAAUUGCUCUGGGAAGACGGAUAUUUGGGAAUGCGAGAGACAUGUUCAGGCCCCCCAGCUUCAUGAGCAAUUAAAUAUCACAUGUCACAAAGGUAACCAUUCAGCCAUUGUCCUCUCCAAAAACUGCACAGGCGAGGUGAGAAUAAAGAACGAGAGUGUUCGUGCGUCUCUGAACAAUCAGAUGUACAGUGAGUUAUGCUCCGACCUCGGCUGUGGUACGGCCUUCCACCACUGGAGUACAGAUUUGAUGGAAUCAAAAUGCUGGGAUUUCAGCUGCACUGGCAAGGAGACGGUGCUGUGGCAGUGUGGCUAUAAGAUGGUCAGAUGUGACAAAGUCCUUUCUUUGGCCUGUCAAAAGGGUAUUGAGUUCGGCUCCACUGAGAAGUGUGGCGGGAAGCUUGUGGUCAAUUAUGGAGAUCAAUGGGAAUAUGUUUGUAAAGACAAAUUUGCAGCUAAUACUACAGAAGUUUGUAAAGUGCUUGACUGCAUGAAUGGACAACCUGUGGAUGAAAGGGACAUUGCCAAAGAAAUAAAGGUGACCAUUAAAUGUCCAGAGAAUUACCAGUACAUUCAUCAGUGUGUGCAGCGUUUCAAUGAUAAAUGCAAACAAGGCCCUGUUGAAAUCAAAUGUGAAGGUUAUGGAGAGAAAGUUAUAUCUACGGGGAAUUCUGGUCUGAUAGUGGGUCUAGCGCUGACCAUGCUGGGGUUGCUGAUGAUGCUUUUUAUGUGGAUGAAUAGGAAACGCCUACUUUUAGUCUUAAGAAAUUGCAGAAAUAAAAAUGAAAAAGACAUCAACAUUGACAGGAAUGAAAUGAAUAACAUGGAGAAAGAGAACAGAGCCAAACCUGUUUCAGAUUUGCCUCAAGGAAAGUCGUCAUCUUUAGAAUAUGAUGAAUAUGAGGAUGCAGAUCCUGUCAGCAAGACAGGAGAGGAGGAUGCAGAUGAUAAAAGCGAAGGCUCCUCUGGGACCGAAUAUGAUGACAUUGAGGGACAAAACCGUGACAUCUCUCCUCACCAAUCCCACGCUGAUGACGACCUCCCUCUCCUUCCCAAGCGAUCCGAAAACAUUCUAGCAGAUCAGGACACCUAUGAAGUGGAGACAGAGAAACAGGAGGACUAUGAUGAUGUCAUGGCUUUCGAAAAUGCAGGGAUGGCAGACGCACUAGCACAAGUAGAUGUAGCCGUUGAUGCAGGCACAGAUUCAGAAGCAGGUGCAGAUGCUCUGGUGGUGACCACUGAGGUAGAAGUUCAUGCUGAACAAGAGUAAGGAUUCAGACACAUGGUUACACACUUUAUUUCUAUAGUCCACUUCAGACACUCCAUUAACUGGAAGUAAGUUUGCAACUACAUCCAUAGUUUGGGUGGAGAAACUCAUUUUCUUUUCAUUUUUGAAAUUGGAAUGAACACAAGCACACACACACACACACACACACAUUGACAGGA